AGCUUUCUUUUUCACGAUCACAACAAUGGCGGCUGCGAAAGAGAUCCUACUACGGCGACCAGUGGCGGCGACAAUCAGGCUAACCGUUCCGGCGGGAGGCGCAAGGCCAGCACCACCGGUAGGUCCGGCGCUAGGUCAGUACAGGCUUAACCUGAUGGCUUUCUGCAAAGACUUCAACGCUCGGACUCAAAAGUACAAACCAGACACCCCGAUGGCCGUAACGAUAACGGCGUUUAAGGACAACUCAUUCGAAUUCACCGUCAAGUCUCCGUCUGUGUCGUGGUACGUCAAGAAAGCAGCUGGAGUCGACAAAGGGAGCACUCGUCCUGGACAUUUGACGGUGACGACGCUGUCGGUGAGACACGUGUACGAGAUCGCGAAGGUGAAGCAGACGGAUCCGUUUUGUCAGUAUAUGCCGUUGGAGUCGAUUUGCAAGUCUAUCAUUGGUACUGCUAAUUCUAUGGGUAUCAAGAUCGUUCAGGAUUUGGAGUGAUUUUUAAGGGGUUUCCUUGAUGGAAAGAGAUUGUUCUGUGUUUUUUUUUGUUUAGUUCCAUUGUUUUUGUUUGUUGUUUCAAUUGAUAAAAUGGAGCUCCAAAGUGGCUGAGAGAGAUUCAGUUUGUUCAACUUUGAUCGAUUGAAUAAUUUGGAAAGUACAGAGUUUGUGUUGUUGUAGUUGUGGCUGUUGAA